AUGGCCGAACCAACCCUCGCCGAUCUCCUCAAGGAGAUCAAGACCAUGUCGGCCGAGAUCUCAGCGCUGAAGACCGACAUCGCCUCCAUCAAAGAGAAGGCCUCGACGGACGAAAGCAGCGAGAACCGCCGCCCUGAAGGACACCGCGAGCAAGAUUUCCACCCGAAGCAUAAGAAGUGGGACUUUCCCCACUUCGACGGCACGACCGACCCGAUGCUAUUCCUCAACAAAUGCGAGGCCUACUUCCGCCAACAUCGCACCAUGGCAGAAGAGCGCGUGCGCAUGGCGUCCUACCAUCUGGACGACGCUGCGCAGCUGUGGUUCAUCCAACUACAAGACGAUGAGGGCACGCCAAUGUGGGUUAACUUCAAGGAUCUCCUCAAUUUGCGGUUCGGCCCUCCACUCCGUUCCGCCCCAAUGUUUGAGCUCGCGGAGUGCCGCCGCACAAGAACCGUGGAGGAGUAUGCUAACCGGUUCCAGGCCCUCCUACCUCGCGCCGGCAGACUCGACGAAGCGCAGCGGGUGCAGCUCUUUACUGGCGGGCUCCGACCACCGCUAAGCAGCACCGUCCGCCUCCACAACCCGGACUCCCUCGCCGCCGCCAUCAGCUUGGCUCGCCAGGUUGAGUUGAUGGAGCUGGAGCAUCCGGCGCCUGUUCCAUCAAGGGCGCCCCCGCGCGGCCUGUCGGCGCCUGCGGCCAGGGCCGCCCUGCCACCGCCGCCGCCGCUCUUGGCCCUACCAGCGCCGCCCGCGGCUGCACAACAGGGCCACGCCGAGGGCAACCAGCGCCGUCUGACACCCGAGGAGAUGGCCGAGCGCCGACGCCAAGGGUUGUGCUUCAACUACAAUGAGAAGUUCUCCCGCGGCCACAACCGAUUCUGUAAGCGUCUGUUCUUCCUCGAAGGCAUGGAGAUUGACGACGCCCAGGCGGAAGAGACCGAUGCAGCCGCAGACGCAGUGGCGCAGGAGGCGCCGAUAUUUUCUCUGCACGCCGUUGUUGGCGUGUCUGUGGGCAGGACCAUGCAGGUCCGUGUCCGAGUGGGCUCAACUCCACUCAUUGCCCUGCUCGACACAGGCAGCACCCACAACUUCAUUGCCGAGACAGCAGCAGCGCGGUCUGGCCUUCCCAUCCAGUCCCAACCGCGCCUCACUGCCAUGGUGGCCAAUGGCGAGAAGGUGCCGUGCCUAGGCGUCAUCAAGCAUGCCCCAAUUGCGAUCCACGACUCCGUUUUCGCCGUCGACCUCUUUGUUAUGCCCCUUGCAGGCCACGACUUGGUGCUGGGGACGCAGUGGAUGGCCACGCUGGGCCGCCUGGUGUGGGACUUCGUAGAUGGCUCCGUCACCUUCCAGCAUCAGGGCAGCACCGUCCGUUGGCCCGGGGUGGCGCCCACGAGUACACUGGAGACCUGCGCCACGACGUCCAGCGCGCCCCUCCUCGAUGCACUACUGGCGGAGUUCGUCGACAUCUUCGCCGAGCCCCACGGCAUGCCUCCCCAGCGCGCCCGCGAUCACGCCAUCAACCUCAAGGCCGGCGCACAGCCAGUAGCGGUCCGGCCCUACCGGUACCCUGCUGCCCACAAGGACGAAUUGGAGAAGCAAUGCGCGACCAUGUUGCAACAAGGCAUUAUUCGGCGCAGCGACUCCGCUUUCUCGUCCCCGGUGCUUCUCGUCAAGAAGGCGGACGGCGGGUGGCGUUUCUGCAUCGACUACAGGGCCUUGAACGCCCUCACCGUCAAGGACGCCUUCCCGAUCCCUAUGGUCGACGAGUUGCUGGACGAGCUGCAUGGCGCCCGCUUCUUCACCAAGCUCGACUUGCGAUCCGGAUAUCACCAAGUACGCAUGCUGCCCGCCGACGUCCACAAGACGGCGUUCCGGACCCACAAUGGACUCUAUGAGUUCCUCGUCAUGCCGUUCGGUCUCUGCAAUGCUCCGGCCACAUUCCAGGCGUUGAUGAACGAUGUUCUCCGGCCGUUCCUCCGACGGUUCGUGCUUGUCUUUUUUGACGACAUCCUUAUUUACAGUGAGACGUGGGCCGAUCACCUUCGCCACCUGCGUGCUGUCUUCUUCGAGCUGCGGCGCCAUCGGCUUUUCAUCAAACGCAGCAAGUGUGCGUUCGGCGAGGCCACGGUAGCCUACCUGGGCCAUGUGAUUUCAGCGGAGGGCGUCGCGAUGGACCCGACGAAGGGCUUUCAGAAGGUGCAGGCCAUUCGCGACUGGCCUGUGCCUCGGUCGGUCCGCGCACUGCGCGGCUUCCUCGGCCUUGCCGGCUACUACCGCAAAUUCGUCCUCAACUACGGCGCGGUCGCCGCCCCACUCACCGCCCUACUCAAGAAGGACGGUUUCACCUGGACCGACGCCGCGGCCUACGCCUUCGACGCUCUCAAGGCCGCGGUCACCUCGGCCCCCGUCCUCGCCAUGCCGGACUUCGCCAAGCCGUUUACAGUGGAGUGUGACGCAUCGACCCAUGGCUUUGGAGCUGUUCUGAUCCAGGAUGGGCAUCCCAUUGCGUUUUUCACCAGACCGGUCGCACCACGCCACCGUGCCCUCGCCGCCUACGAACGGGAGCUCAUCGGCCUCGUCCACGCAGUACGUCACUGGCGGCCGUACCUGUGGGGGCGUCGUUUCGUUGUGAAGACCGACCACUACAGCUUCAAAUAUCUGCUCGACCAGAGGCUCUUGACGAUCCCGCAACACCAUUGGGUGGGCAAGCUCCUCGGGUUCGAUUUCUCCGUCGAGUACAAACCGGAUGUGACAAACACGGUCGCCGACGCGCUGUCCCGCCGUGAUACAGAAGAGGAGACAGCAGGCGCGGUGCUGGCACUCUCGGCUCCCCGUUUUGACUUCAUCACACGGCUUCGCCAGGCCAAUGCGGGAGACCCGGCCAUGGUCGCUCUUCGGGAAGACAUCAGCAGUGGCGCCCGCAGCAUGCCCUGGUCCGUGGUGGACGGCAUGGUGCAGUACAGCGGCCACCUGUACAUUCCCCCAGGCUCGCCGUUGCUGCAGGAACUUGUGCUGGCAGUGCACGAGGACGGACGUGAGGGUGUCCAACGCACUUUACACCGCCUCCGCCGCGACUUCCAUUUUCCUAACAUGAAACAUGUUGUGCAGGAGCUUAUUCGAGUCUGCGUUGUCUGCCAACGGUAUAAAUCAGAGCACCUGCAACCCGCCGGGCUCCUGCUGCCCCUCCCGGUGCCGCAAGGCAUUUGGACGGACAUCGCCCUGGACUUCGUCGAGGCUCUACCCCGCGUCCGUGGCAAGCCGGUAAUCCUGACGGUGGUCGAUCGUUUCAGCAAGUACUGCCACUUUGUCCCAUUGGCACACCCGUACACUGCGGAGUCCGCCGCCGAAGCGUUCUUCGCCGACAUUGUUUGCCUCCACGGCGUUCCCCAGUCCAUGGUGUCUGACCGUGACCCAGUUUUCACCUCGGCGUUCUGGCGUGAACUCAUGCGCUUGACAGGCACCAAACUGCAGAUGACAACGGCCUUCCACCCUCAGUCGGACGGCCAAUCUGAAGCUGCUAACCGAGCCCAGGCGGUCCAGAAGCGCUUCUACGACGCUGGUCAUCGUCCAGUGACCUAUGAGGUGGGCGACUGGGCCCUUCUGCGCCUUCGCCAGCGUGCGGCCUCCUCCCUGCAGCAGCGAACGAAGGGCAAGCUUAAGCCGCGCUUCUAUGGGCCCUACCAAGUCGUGGAGCUCAUCAACGAGGUCGCUGUUCGCCUCGCCCUGCCGCCCAACGCGCGCCUUCACGAUGUUUUUCAUGUCGGCCUGCUCAAGAAGUUCCAAGGGCCACCUCCGACAGCACCUCCGCCUCUACCGCAGGUGCACCAUGGCGCCAUUGCACCUGAACCAGAGCGCGCGGUGCGCUAUCGCCUGGCCAGAGGCAUCCGUCAGGUGCUGAUCAAGUGGAAAGGCGAGUCUGCAGCCUCGUCCACAUGGGAAGACGUCGACACAUUCCUCGUCAAGCACCCUACCUUCCAGCUCGAGGACGAGCUGAACCUCGACGGGGGGGGGGACGUUCGUCGCGCGCGUGAACGCGUGGAGCGCGAGCCUGGGCGUGAUGCCCUAGGUGAAUAA